AACGUCAAAAAUGCCGGAGCAAAGACGACGACGCCGUUGUUGGACAUAAACCACUGCACGGCAAGGCAGUUGUCGCUGAUUCCGGGCGUCAGUCGUGAAGUGGGGGACCGAAUCGUAGCCACGCGACGGAGACUCGGAGGGUCGUUUCAGUACUUUGACCAGCUGCACACGAUCAAGGGGGUGACCAGGGUCGUCAUCCAGGCGUUACGAGGCCGCGUUCAAGUGCCCUGUGAAAAAGCGACCUCUAUCGGCGAGCCGGAGGGCUACAUGCGCCUGGGUCCCGUCCAAUCGCAAUCGUCCUUGCUCUCUCUCAACUCUCUGGGUGACGUUGCGCGAAGAAAGGCGGAAGAAACUGCAGCCGCAAAACUGAAGAAAUCUCCGAAGGUAACCCCGCGGCCUAGCUACGGCGGUAAGAAAAGCCGAACACCCACGAAACAAGUCUCCACGCCACCAAGAAAGACUGUAAAGGUGCAACGAAAUUUGACUAAGACUAAGACUCCUACCAGGUCUUCAAAAAUCCACGGGAAGUCUACUAAAACACCUGCAACGUCUCGCGCCAGACCUUCUAACAGGCAGGCAGCAGCAAACAGGCCGGUGGAAGGAAAAAGUCGUCUGAAAUCUCCUAGAAAGCCAGGAAAAUCGCCCGUGUCCAGCAAACGACCACCAACCGGGAGGCUCGUUGGUAAAACUAAAAGUAAAACACCGGCAAAACGGCCUGCUAAGAAGACUGGCGCUUCUGCCUCCCGAAGCCGGUCAAGAACCCCGAAAAGGUCGACCAAGAAGGUUUCUGCCAGGGCGGCGUCGGCCUCCAAACCAACUCGACCGUCGCCACGUCGUAAGAAAGCGGUCAGCGUUAGCCCUCAGACCAAGAAAAUUAAGACGACGCCAAGGCGAGCUAAGGCUACGGCAAGGAGAGAGUCCGCAGUAACGUACCAAGUCGUCACAUCGCCUGAUGGGAAAAGCACGUGGACGUACCCCUCCUCUCGUGGGCGUACUUCCACCAGACAACCUCCUGUACUCGUCCUGAAAAUAGAGACCAGUCCGACCCAACAACAGACAGCAGAAACUGCACCAGCGGAGACGGCUGUAGCUGCCUCUAAGAUUCCGCAAGUAGAAGUUGAAGAAAGAAGCGUCUCAAGCGGUAGCAGGAGCCGUCGAGCCAGCAAGAAGUCCGCCAACAAGCGCACGCGGGAAGAGCCUUCAGUUGAGGUCACUCCGGGUGACUCUGCAUCGGCUACAGCGGGGUCCAAGACGCCUGCAGUUCCGUCGACAACCGCUGGGGCGAACGCGUCUGCUGCUGUGGAGGUUGAGAAAGACCCGGCUCGACUCCGAUCUCGCUCUUCUGUUGAGGCUGUGGAAAAAUGGCUGGAAAGCACAGCUAGGUAUUCCACCGGCUUACCACAACAGGAGCAACAAGGUGAUGACUGCAGUUCCCGUCACACCCGCCAGGGGAUGGAGGACAUUACGAGCGAGUACAAAUCCGCGGUCGCCUACCCUGCAUCUACAGCCUCUGCCGAGCGGGCAAAAGGAACGCAGCCGGUGCAAACGGACAGCCAGGGGUGGAACGUAGCAGAGGGCGACCAAACGCAACCGUCUCCUGAAGAACCACCACCCGCCGCCAAAGACGCAGAAGGCAACGACACGCAAGGGAACGAAAAGGAGCCUGUCGUAGUGGAGCAGGUAUCUGUAGAGGCUGGGGCCGAGGUGGUUGGGACGCCGACGGGAAGGGAGAGACGCCGCAGGCACCACCGACACAGGCGGUCCCGGGACGAGCCUAGCCCGAAGAGACGGCGGCGGUCUUUCGAUAGCGGCAGUUACCCAACAUGUAGUGUACUAUAA